AAAAAAGAAGCUUUCUAAACAAUGACGCAGGAAAAGCGGCUGUCAGUCAGCGUGUUUGAAACAGCUUGAGUGGACCUUGCCUGGAUCAUUCACUGGACAGGUUUCACCACUUCCUUCAUGGACCUUGUGCUUUAAGAAGUGUUGCAGCCGUAAAAUCGACACCCAACACAGGGACUCUUGACACUGACGACAGGAACUGCAGUGUCAUAUUGCCUCUGGUAACCGUCAACAAUGGAGUUACUUGGUUUGAUAAGUAUACCGCUCACGUGGACUCUCGUUGCCGGAUGUGUCCUGCUGAUCUACCUGUACGGAAAGAAACGGAACCGUUUCCUCAGCGACUAUGGGAUACCUGGCCCAACUCCAGACAUAUAUUUAGGAAAUCUUCGUCAGGUUGUCAAAAUGGGCGUUGACCUCGACAAUAAAUGGGGACAGGAAUUCGGCGACGUGUACAGCGUCUACUUAGGUGGGUUCCCCCUCAUCAACGUGCACGACCCUGAAAUCAUCAAGGAGAUACUUGUAAAAGACUUUAAUAGGUUUUCGGAUAGACUAAUUUUUAGACUCAACGACUACCCCAUUGCUACUGGCAUCUUCUUCGAGACGGGAGCAACAUGGAAGAGACUGAGGAAUAUCAUCAGUCCGACAUUCAGUGGAAACAAGCUCAGGAUUAUGUGUGCCAAGAUCGACGAGUGCGCUGUGACUCUAACAAAGAAUCUGGCACAUGCUGCUGAGAAUGAGGAAACCAUCACAGUGAAAGAUUAUUUUGGUGCUUUCACUAUGGAUGUGAUAGCCAGCACAGCAUUCGGCAUUGACACAGACUCCCAAAACAACUUCGACAACAUCUUCAUCACUCAGGCAAAGAAAGUCUUUGACAACAACGUGCUCCAGAACCCAGUUAUGUCUAUGAUAAUGGUGUUCCCAAGUCUAAUGGGGAUCGCCAAGGCUCUGGGUUUCACCUCGUUUCCAAAGUCAACCAUGAACUUCUUUGUGUCAUCUCUUAAAGAAAUGAUCACAAUGAGAAAAAGCGAACCCAAGGAAGAACAAAUGAGAAGAGUCGACUUCCUCCAGCUGAUGCUGGAUGCCGAGGAUAACUCCAACCUCCAAGAUGACGAGGAAGAAACGAGCCAAUCGCAACCUUCAGGUUCCCAAAAGCCCAAUAAAAAAAUGACGACGGACGAGGUGUUGGGGCAGGCCUUCUUGUUCUUCAUCGCCGGAUAUGAAACUACCGCGAGCACAUUGAACUUCGCUGCAUAUUCACUGGCAACUAACCCGGAUGUUCAAGAACGGUUGACCCAGGAGGUGGACACUGUAUUGGGAGAGGAAGCUGCGGACUAUGAUAACAUUGGCAAGUUGACGUACAUGGACCACGUGAUUACAGAGACCCUCAGGCUGUACCCGGUUGUACCCGGGUUAAGCCGGGCAGUCUCCAAGACAACUGUCAUCAAAGGAUGGACGUUCCCUAAGGGCAGCUUCAUCAGCGUCCCUCUUGUGUCCCUUCACAGAAAUGCAGAUAUGUUCCCAGAGCCAAAUAAAUUCAAACCAGAGAGAUGGGAAAACGCAGAUUUUCAUCAAAUGGGUUAUAUCCCCUUCGGUCAAGGUCCCCGUAUGUGUAUCGGAAUGAGGCUUGCCCAAGUUGAGAUGAAGAUUGGUCUGGCUCGCAUCCUACAGAAGGUUCAGUUCGCCAGACUUCCAGACACGCCGGAUGAAUUGAGGAACUUCGUCGCUUUAGGGACCCUCAGCAUGAAGACUCCCAUAAAACUGAAAGUCGUGCUCCGAUGAGGGAAUAGUCUGUUUGGACGGCUUUAACGUCGAAGAUUUUUUCCCUUUCACUUUCUUGUGGUUGUUAUCUGUAGUACCUCAGCCAGUCAUUUGCCAUUGUAUAUACACAUUCAGUUGAAGGAAUAGAGUUACUUGUCCAAAUACAAAUAUAACGACUCAGGAUUUUGUAAUCCAUUAUGUAUAUCAAAGCUAACUAUAAAACAGAACUUGGCUUCACAUAAAGUUGUAAAUGCUACGUUGUAAAAAACCCCGCAUAAUAUUUGGUCGUUUGUCUGAUCAGUGCUUCCUAAUAAAACAUUCACUGACAAAA